ACAAAUUUAGGUAUUUAUUCAAUCACCAAGGUUCUCACCCCAGUUUCAGUAACAAACAAUAAUUCACACAGUCAGCACUCCCUCGUAUUAAAUGUUUGUAAACAUUGCAAAAAUUCUAAAAGAAAUCUUCAAAAACUGAUCAGCAGCUAGUCCAUAACUGGACUUUAUUAGUCAAAAAUGUCUUCAUGCAUUCUAUGCCUUAGUCAACUUCGAAAGGGUUAUUCAGUAAAAUUGACAGAAUCAGUUGGAGGUGAUAUAAGUUUAGGAGAUGCCAUUCGUCAACAGAUCCAGUACAAUAUCAUUCCUCCAUACACAACAUCCUCAUCACAACUUACCUGCAAGAACUGCUUUAAAGCCUUCCAAAAUUUCUACAAAUACCUCACAAAUGUCAAGACAAAGCUCAUCACAACUAAAACAGACAGUUCCUUUGACAUUGCACCUGGAUUCCAACAAGUCUUGAUCGCAUCGAAUGAGUUGAUGCUUAAAAUGGAACCACAAAUUAUCUUACCAAGAAUCAAAAUGGAGCCUGAAGUGCUCAUGGAUUACAUGGCUGAGCAUCAGUACGAUGAUAAUCAAGACAAGCUGGAUAAGAGUCAAUCUACAAAACAAGACAUAAGCGAUAGGUUCAAUGACGAUGACUCUGACUUUGCAUGGAGCUACGACGAUCCAAUGGAUGACAACUCUUCAGAAGCAUCUGAGAAGAAGUUUCAUGUUGAAAUUGAGGAAGUUUGGGAUUUAGAGAAGCACAAAAAUGACAAAAAGAAGGCGAAAGAGGAAACUGAAUCUAUAACUGCAAAAACAGUCAACAAACCUGCUAAAAAGAGGAAAAGAUCUGAAGAAUCUGAUGAGGAUUACUCAUUGCCAGGCAUGAAAUCCAAGUAUGUCAAGUUAGCUGACAGAUCAGCUUCAAAAAUGCAGAAAACCAGCAAUUUAACCUCAAAAUCUGGCAGCAGAACCUCAAAAUCUGGCAGUAGAACCUCAAAAUUACCAAACCUAACCUCAAAGUCCAACAAAGCAUCCUCAACAUUAGCCAUAAAAUCAGAAAGAGCUGAUUCUGAAGAUCCAAACUCAAACCAAGGUGAAUCUCCAAUCAAACCAUACAGAACAGACUCAGGAUGGAUCAGAUACCUUCCAAAGUCAAAACUAACUCAAGAAAUGCUUGAUUCAGGACUAGAAUCAAUCGUAAUUAAUGGAACUGAAUACAAAAUACCUGAAAAACUAUAUAAAAAGACUCAGCCAAGAAAAGAGAGGAAAAGACGAGUCGUUGAGUAUCCAGAUCCAUCAAUCAGGAAGCAUCCAGCACAUGAUCCAGAAACUGAAGAGUUUAUAAGAAGAUUAAUUGACAUUAAGUGCUACAUCUGUGGAGCACAAGAAGAAUCAUUCACGAAACUUAAAGGACACUUUAGGCUUACACAUCCAAAUGAUAGGUUCUACUUAGCUUGCUGCGAACGGAAGUUCCGACGACGUUUUGAGCUUGUUGAGCAUCUCGAGUACCACGACAAGACUGUCAUUUUUGCUUGUGAAACUUGCAACAAAACUUAUAAAACUAAGAAAUGUCUGAAGACUCACAUGGAGAACUACCAUCCAACCGAUGAAGCUAAUAAAGUCAUUUGCGAUGAGUGUGGCAAGUUCUUUAACAAUGAACAUCUGCUCAAGAAUCAUAUGGCAUUCCACAACAUUGACACGUCCAGAAUAUUCGAAUGUUAUAUCUGCAAGGAUGGAAAGCAAUUCAAGACAAUGAUACAAAUAAAAACACAUAUGAGGAACCAGCACACAGUCAAUAAACAGAACCGAAUGACUGUCUGUCACAUAUGUUCAGCUAACAUCCGAGAAUCGUACCUUCCAGCUCAUUUGAAGACAGUCCAUGGCGAUCAACAUCGUGAAAGGAUUCAAUGUGAAAUUUGUAAUGUUUGGGUUCUUGAAACAACCAUGAAGAAUCACUUACAGAAGCACAAUGACAUGGGAAUCAAUUGCAAUGUCUGCGGGAAGUUCCUCAAGUCAAAAUACUCAAUUACGUCACAUAUGAAAAUGGCGCAUGGCAGUGACUACAAGUUUAAAUGUCAAUACUGUGACAAAGGAUUUUUCAAACAAUUAAAGUUGCAGGAACAUGUGGCAGUAAGACACACAAGAGAAUUCCUAUUUGCUUGUCGAGUUUCUGGUUGUGACAGGCAGUUCCGGUCGGAAGCAAAUUGGAGGAAUCAUGAGAAAAAGUAUCAUCCAGAGGAAUAUGACAAGUUGUUUAAGCCAUUCUAUAAGAGAGAUAAUAAGGAAUUGAAGGAAUUUGAGGAGCUGAUGGAGGCAAGUGGACAGAAUGUUUAAAGGGAAACAAGUGGAGAUGUUAGUGAUGUAAAUAAAUUUAAAAUAAAAUGAUUAAGUUUUUGUUCUUGAAGAAUUUUUAACGUUUAAUUCCUUUGAACUCGAUUGAUUCCC